CGUGUUAUCGGGAAAUGGGAUAAUCUUUCAAACACCAGAUGUUCUUACUGUCUCAUACAUAAAGGAUCAACCAAAUUUUUCCAUGUAUUGUGAUAAGCAGUUAAAAGAUAUUGGAAUAUCUUUGGUAUCAAGAACUACAGCCUGUAAAGUUUUAAAAGAUUCAGCAAAUAAUGAUCCGCCCACCUCCUUUUCCAACAUGAACAGCAUAGGUGGAGACUUCGAUAAAUGGGCUAGAAGCAAAGAAUACAGGGGUUACAUCCAUAUUCCAAGUUUUAAUGUUAAGUGUGAUGCUAGUGGUAAUCUUGUAACUGCUAAUCCUCGUGAUCCUGAUUACCGUAAUAAAGAAAAUCCAACCAAAAGUCCAGAUCAAGUGGAUGACGCUGAACGCAAUCCUUAUGGGUAUACGAAAAUACCUUGGUACGCUAGGAGUAAAUGUCCUAAUGAAUAUGAACCUGCCGAUGUUUACACAGAAGACCUAACGACUAGUCGAUUAUCAAAUUGUUCAAGAUAUGCUCAACAAGAAUUGACAGGAACAGAUGCGCCAUUUAUUUUUACUAAUAUUAACAUGAAAGUUUGUUGCAACCGUCAAGUUUCUAUUACUAUUGAUCGCAGUGUUUUUCCCCAGACUCGUCUUUACAUUGAUGGAAAAAUGGUUGGUGAACAAGAACAAACUGAUCUUGGCCAGUUUAUCUCGUCUGGGGGGCGUCAACCAGAUCCUUCUAAAUUAUCUAAGGUUGGACAUGGAAAAAUUGCACGUUCUGGUAAAUCAUUAACAUAUAAUAAAAAAGUUGAAAAAGUGAUUCCAGCAUAA